UGGGAAUAACGGCGUUAUAAUUAACGGCGUUACUAACGCCGUUACUUUUUUCAGUAACGAGUAAUCUAACUAAUUACUCUGACUGUAACUAUAACGCCGUUACCAUUUCUGACACCCCGUUACUGCACGUUACUUUAGCCACUCUAUGAACUUUUUUUUUUUGCUUCGCGCAUACAGACAAAGGCGCAAGUGUGUGUGUGUGUGUGUGUGUUUGUGUGUCAGGGAAGGGAAGAGUGAAAUAACCGCCUAAGCAAUGAUUGGCUAAGGAAGAUUACAUCUUCAGCCAAUCAGAGAAAAUAGGUGGGUGGGUGAUUAGAUCGCAUGCGUAGUGGCGGGUGUUUUCAGUGCAUAGCGAGAGAUGGCGAGUGAGGAGGACUCCAGCGGCAAAACAGCCUUUUCCAGAUGGAAAUACAGGCAGUAUUUCAAACUCACUGAGGUGAAAGGUAAAAAUGUGCACGUCAAGUGCACAUUAUGUCCCCGAACGAAAACUUUGUCUACGUCUUGUGUAAGCAACUCCAACUUGAUGAAACACCUGUCGACGGCUCACGCUUCGAUCAAACUUGUGGCCCAAGAAUAUACAGGUAAUACGGCUAGUGUUGACGAAGGGUCCGCUAACAAGGAAGGACCCCCCCCAUGCAAGCAACAAAAGCUUGACUUUAGUGCAUCGGCUCCUCAGAAACUAUCUCAGAGAGAGCUCAAUGGCUUGAUAGGAGCAUACAUUGUGGAAAACAUGCUUUCGAUAUCAACAGUGGAGUCAGAUUCCUUCAGGGCGUUGAUAGGCAAAAUCCCAAGAAAAGGAGGCGCCGGUCCACCUUGUAGAAAGACGUUUUCAAAAUACAUUGAUGCCGAAUAUUCUAAAAUGAAUUCUGAGCUAAAAAAAGAAUUCGAACAGCUGGAAUACUUGGCAACUACUGCAGAUAUAUGGACUGCACAUAACAAAAGCUACCUGGGCGUAACUGCACACUGGAUGCAUCCAGCAAACUUUCAACGAAAAAAAGCUGCCCUGGCAUGCCGACGGUUCAAGGGCCGUCAUACACACGAGAGCAUUGCCAUAGAACUUGACAACAUCCACUCGUCAUUUGGCAUUUCGCACAAAAUAACAGCAACUGUCACUGACAAUGGCUCGAAUUUCGUUAAGGCUUUUAAGAGGUAUCAGUCAGUUGAGGAGGAUGACUCUGUGGAUGAGGAAGAUGACGAGGUUACUUUUGUUGACAUGAAUGAUGCCUUGCAAAGCCGUGUUGAUGAGGAUGAUGAUGUGAUUAAUUUACCACCACACUACAGGUGUGCAUCACACAUACUGAACCUUGUGUCAUGUUCUGACAUUGAAAAGUGGAUUCUCUCCAGACCAGAGAAGGCAGUUUACAGGAGUGCAACUGCAAAAUGCACAGCCUUGUGGAAUAAGGCCAGCCGUUCCACAGUGGCUGCAGAGACAGUAGAGGAUGUGGUUGCAAAGAAGCUGAUAGUGCCUUGCAGUACCAGAUGGAAUUCUUUUUAUGAUGCUCUAGCUAGGAUUUGCGAGAUUUCCAUAGUGGACUUAAACACCAUCUCAUCCAAGUUUGGCUCGAAAGCAAUCACAGAAAAAGAGCAUCAGUUCCUGAAGGAAUAUUGCAUUGCGAUGAAGCCACUGACAGUUGCCCUAGAUAUCCUACAGGGAGAGGACAACUGCUACCACGGCACACUGCUACCUACCCUGGAGACCUUGAUGAUGAAAACCCUUGAGCUGAAGAGAGCACUUCAAAUACUUGUGGACCUUCCAGAGGCAAUUGUGGAGGCAAUUAAAGCAAGAUUUACAGAGGUGCUGGACAGCGACAGUGCUCUCCUGGCUGCUGUGACUCUGCCCAGGUUCAAGUUACGUUGGCUGCGAACCCAAGAAAGAAAGGACAAGGCCAAAGCAGAACUGCUGGCGGUAUGUUGUGCAAGUGUAAGAAAUGAAGACCAGCAAAAAGGUACAAGCACUACCACACCCACAUGUACCAACUCAACUGUUGAGGAUGCAUUCUUCUCCUUUGAUGAUGAGGACGACAUAUCUGCUACUGCAGAAAGUCAAGUCGCAGAUUAUUUGAAAUCAGGAGCCCAAGGGAUGGACUCACUUCAUGGAUUUCCUCUUAUAAAGAGACUUUCCCUGAAGCAUAAUGCUGCCACUCCAUCUAGUGCUCCAGUGGAGAGACUGUUUAGCCUGGGGAAGCUGGUCUUCACACCGAAGAGGAACAGACUCUCUGACCUCAAGUUUGAGAAGCUGCUUCUCCUACGAUACAAUCACUGGUUUACAGGCUAA